AAAAAGUUAGGUUAUUUUGAAUCCUGUCAGAAAUGAAACUGAUGAUAACUUUGAAAUAAUUUUGUAAUUUUUUGUAAUUUAAUAAUUUAACAAUGGUUAAUAUAACGACAACCAACACGAACAUACGAGAAUAUUUUUGUAAAAUUAUUAAAGACAAUGAGGAUGUUUCUGUUGGGGUAGCAGCAAUCAGAGCUUUGAUGGAGUUGAUUAAACAUUCCAAAUCUGAGACUGUUCAAGAGUUAGAAGCUAAUCUAAAAGAUGGUAUCCAGGAGAUGAAAAACUCAAACUACACAGUAGCAGGUAUUAACUCUGGAUGUGAAUUAUUUUUACGUUUUAUAACAUUAGCUUCUCUUGAUACAAGUGGUUUUGAUGAGUGCAAACGAAUUAUGUUGGAUAGAGGUCACCUUUUUAUUAAAAAGCUGGAUGAAGCCAGGGGAAAAAUCGUCAAAUUAGCUGCAAAUUUCAUUGAAGAUGGCUCCAAAGUAUUAACUCAUUCAAGAUCACGAGUAGUUCUACAAACGUUAAGAAAAGCCCAUAAACAAAAUAAAAAGUUUGAAGUAUUCGUCACAAUUUCAGAACCUGAUAAAAGCGGUUUAAGAAUGCUAGAAGAUUUAAAAUCUGAUGGUAUUCCCUGCACAGUAAUACUAGAUUCUGCAAUCGGCUACAUCAUGGAACAAGUUAAUUUUAUCAUGGUUGGAGCGGAAAGCGUUGUGGAAAGUGGUGGGAUUGUGAAUAAAGUUGGUAGCUACACAAUGGCAGUAUGUGCUAAAGAAAUGAAGAUGCCUUUCUAUGUUUUAACUGAAAGUUUUAAAUUUUCAAGAUUGUUUCCACUUAGUCAGCAAGAUUUACCUGAAGAGUAUAAGUAUACUUCGGAAAUUCGAGCAAAAUCAAAUCUUAAAGAAAUUCAUCCACUAGUUGACUAUACUCCUCCUUCGUAUAUUACGUUAUUGUUUACUGAUUUAGGUAUUUUGACUCCUUCUGCUGUUAGUGACGAACUUAUAAAACUGUAUUUGUAAAAUUACAUAAAUAUAUUUUAUAAGCUA